UUCCGAGGAUCCGGGGAGCCCUUCCCUGUCUCAUAAUAAAACAUUCAGCCAGCCUCAAUUCCUCUAUAGACCGUCCGUCUUGGGCAUCAUCCGAAGAAUGCCAACCAAGUAUAAAUGUAGUGCCACUUCUGUUCUCUCAACACAACCCGUUCUUUUGGUAUCAUUUUUUGCCUUUCGUCUGUUUUAGUUGGCUUCUUGUCUUUGCCUCCAACCACCAACAUGCUAUUCACCACACUCUUUGCAGCGACGACGCUCCUGGGCGUCACCCAGGCCCAAUAUGGAUACGGCCAUGAUCCGAAAACAGUUACGAAAACUCUCACUUCCACUGUAAAACUCCCCGGCAGGACAGUGACGACCCAGGGAUACUGCCCAACCACCACGAAAACAAUAUCUCUUCCUGGGUUCUCGAUUACCAAGACUAUCCCCGGAGCUGUGACAACCUUGACGAAAACCUCGACUUUGCCUAAGGUCAUCUCAACGGUUACGUCUACUGUCCCUGGAACCGUAACAACCUUGACAAAAACAAUGGUUGGGCCCGGUUCAACGGUGACAUCUACCAUCGCCGGCCCAGGUUCGACGGUUACGGUUACGUCUACUGCCAUUGGACCCGUCUUGACGGUUACGAAGUCUGUCGAUGGCCCCGCCUUCACUGUCACAUCAACCGAGACGCUGCCCGCGUUAACCUCGACUCUGACACUGCCCGGAUCAACUACCACAGUCGAUGGACCUGGCGUGACGAUCACAUCAACCAAGACGCUGCCCGCGUUAACUUCAACCGAGACGCUGCCCGCGCUAACUUCAACUCUGACGCUGCCCGGAUCAACUACCACUGCGACAGUCGAUGGACCCGCGAUAACAAUCACAUCAACCACGAUGCUCCCCGGAUCGACUACAACUUCAGUUCAGACUCGCACAGCUACUCUUUCCAUAUUUGUUUGCUAGACUCUGCUUGCGGUUGCCGUUGUGAUGUAGGCAUAUAGCUUGUAUGGAGACAUAUGAAGAUGGUCACAUAAUGUAGACAAAUAUAAGGGUCACGAUCUCUGAGCUCCAUGAGGGCCCCAUGAAUUAAUGUAAUAUAUCCUUUUUUUCCAC